CUAGCAACAUGGCCAACAACAUGUCUUCUUCCUCCGUGCUCGAGUACAGCCUGCACUACCAGCAGUGGUUCUCCGAUUCGGACUUCUCCGGAGUCUCCUCGCCGGAGACCCUGUCCCCGGAUUCAUCGCCUCUUCUUCAGAAAGCCGGGAAGGCUGGGUAUACUACUUCCCGCCUCGGAGUGGCCUCACAAGGAAAGCCCGGGAGAGCAGUGAGGGUCCGGAGUAAGCAGCGUGAGAGCGCCAGUGAGAAGGAAAAGCUGAGGAUGAGGGACCUGACCAAGGCGCUGCACCACCUGAGGUCCUACCUGCCACCUUCGGUGGCCCCUACGGGCCAAACCCUCACCAAGAUCGAGACCCUUCGCCUCGCCAUCCGUUACAUCUCCUUCCUCUCGGCCCAACUCGGGGAUACGCCCUCCUCAUCUUCCUCCUCUUCAUCCUCGUCUUCAUCCUGCUCGCCGUACUACUACGCCAGUCCUCCUCCGCAGGCUCCUCAUGACAUGUACGCACAGCAGUGUCAAGACCAGGCCGCAGCAUUGCAUUCUGGGAGCUGUAGUUUUCCUGGCAUGUUGCCACCUGGAGGAUCCUCUUCCACCUCCACUCAGAUUGAGUACAACGACUACUACUGGGCUUGACAACUUAGCCGCCAUCGCCACCAUCCAACGACUACUACUACUGCCUCACUGUGAAUGGACUAAUUUAUAUAUUUUUUAAAAAAUAUUUCAUAUGUCUUUUGUAUUUAUGUGUAAAUAUAAAUAUGUGGAACAUGCUAUUUUUAUAUGUUUUUUUACACCACUAUUUAUAAUAAACUGGUGAAAAUGA